ACCUACUUAAUUAAUAAACUGUAAACAAUUGACUAGGUAAUAUGAUAGUGAAUCAUAUAUAGUGUAAAGAAUUACGUAGGGACUUAAUGUAUGAUUUCAAAAUCAUACCAUAUAACUGGAAAAUCAUCUGAAUUUGAUCGAAUCGAAAUUGUAUAUCCAAACUAUAUAUGUUGCACAUAAACCCUAUAUAUGUAAAGUAGACACAAAAAUUACCGAAUUCUAUGUAUAUAUAUGAUUAAAAUAUACAUCAAACCUGUUGAUAUGACAUGCAAAUCAAAUGAAUUCAAAAGAAUAAUAUAAUCAUCUAACGAGUUUGAUUAGGAAAACCACACGAUUUAACACAAACCAAGUUUGAAAAUGUGUUAAUGUAAGCUAAUCUCGCAUUCUAUAUCAUCAAGUUUAGAAAGUCUUAUCCUAUGUUGAAUUGUAUCAUAUUUGAGUCAUCAAUACAUAUCACUUUUGUGAACUCACAUUUUAAAGCUAAUCAUAAGACAUUUUCACUUAUGAGUAGUAUAAAGAUUUUCAUUUAGAUCUAAUGCACUCUUCGAUGGCUACCUGAUUCUUUUUUAGAAAAAUAAAAGAACUAGAUGGACCGAAUUGACCCAAUUGGAGAAACAACAAAUCCAUAAUGGCCCGGGUUGGGCAGACCUAAUAAGCGUUAUAGUUAAUACUUAGCAUAAAUAGGAGCACCAAUAUCGAUCGGUAAAUAAAGGAAGAAAAACAUAAAACAAAAGGGUUUAUGGAACCAUGUUUGGGACCUGCUGGCUCAACCAAGAGAUUUUAGGGAAUUAUCGCUUGGAACAUGCUUCUUGAUUGAUGGAUCUAAUCAAAUCAAAACAAGAGAUAGAUAAUAUCAUUCUCCCAAAAACUAAAGCUCUUUUAUUAAUCAAAUCAAACUGAAUACAACUUUAAGCUUAAAUGCCUAUUUAUAAUAAAACUUAAAAAAUCCUAAUCUUAACUAAAAUAGAAAAACUAUUAAAAUAUUAAAAAUACAAAUAAAAGGUAAUUAUCAAUUGAAACUUAUGAGUACUAAAGAUAUUUGGAUAAUUUCCAAAUAUCUUGCUGCAUUAGGUCUGGCUAUUAUUUAUUAGUUUACAUGGCUAAUUAUUUUUUUAUUGUAUUUUCUAUAUUUUAAUAGUUUUCCUAUUUUAAUUAAGAUUAGGGUUUUCAUAGAUUUAAAGAUUUAUUAUAAAUAGACAUCUAAGUCUAAAGUUGUAUUCAGUUUUGAUUUGAUUAAUAAAGAACUUUGGCUUUUGGAGAUAAACAGCUCAACCAAAGUUGUAGGAAUCUAACAGAACUCUUCUUGGUAUUCACCUAUUCUUGCUAGGGUUAACGAGGUCAGGUAUGGAGAUGAUGCAAAUUCCGGUUUUUGAUGGAGACAACUAUGAGAUUUGGAGUAUAAAGAUGAGGACUCUUUUGAUGGCUCGUGACCUGUGGGAUGUUGUAGAGAGUGGAGCCUCUGUAGAGAAAACUCUGAAAAUCAAGGACAUGACGGCUCUUCAUAUGCUGCAAAUGUCGGUAACAGACUCUCUUUUCAUCCGGAUAGCAAGAGCCACAUCGUCAAAGCAAGCGUGGGAGAUUCUCAAGGAAGAAUUUGGAGAGACCGCUGACAUGCGGAGUAGGAAAGCUAGCAAUCUUUGGACCAAGUUUAGUGGAAUGAUGAUGGAGAAGGAGGAAAGCGUUGUUGAUUAUACUAAAAAGUUGAUGGAGGUUGUGCAUCAGCUUAAGUUCUACGGGUCUGACACUUCUGAUGAGGAAGUCAUCCGUAAGAUAUCUUGCAGCUUGACCUCAAGGUUUGAUGGUAUUGCAAGAUCCUUGUGCGCUGGAAAUUUGACACUCAUUAAAGCUGUUUGGUGCCUGCGAGAGGCUGAAUGCGGCCUCGAUGACCAUGCGAAGAGAGAAGCUUCGCACAACCACAACAAGAGAAGGAGGAAAUAGAGAGCUUGUUCAAUGUAUCUUUUUUUUUUGUUGUUGAAAAACAAUUUAGGAAUUAAGUGUUGCUGCUUUGGAAAGUGAGAUGUGUUUUCCUUUUGAUGAUGAAACAAAACACUCACAAAUUUUCUAUUUUGGUACUUUUUGUUGGCUCUUAGAUAUUAAGAUGUUGUCCUUGACUAAUAAAAUGUGUCCGUAGCACAGUGUUUGUUGGGAUGAAGUAUGAGAAUUUAAUUCAGAAAGAAGAAGAAACUGUUAGUGAGUUUAAACCAAUGAGCACUGUAAGCAGAGUACUUUG